AUGCCUCAAAAGAAACGCAAAGACCCACCACCGAAAGAAGAACCAAAAAACAACACCAUUCUUAAAAAACAACAUUUCAGUACAAUCCAUAACAAAACGGAUUCGGAAGCCCAUGAAGAAAACAAGCCAACACAAAAUGAAAACUUUCCUGUAAAAAAGAAAUCAAAGAGAGAAAGAUUUGAUCUUAAAGAGGUCCCACAAACGGUUCUGCAAAACAAGAUCUUUCUAAAAGAUGAGGAUGUAUCAAAAAAUCACUCAGCUCAAUGUAUUAAGCUUGUCUUAAUUGGAGAAGAGAUCUAUUCCUUCAUUCCAGACGAAAAAUUUGAUGCCAUUUCACGAAACGACAAAAAGAUUCAGAGUGGAAUAAUACAGUUAGGAACAAACAUGGUCUGUCCAGUCGUUCUCAAAAAAAGCUCCUCUGAAGAAAAUUGGAACACACAUUAUGCGAGCAAAGUGAUGAGAACCUUGUAUGUUGAAACACGUGGAGACUUGAUCAGCUUGAAAGGCAUUCCUUUGCAUGAACAACUAGGGAAGAAUAUGGCCCUCAAUGAAGUCAAACGAAUGGUAUGCCAUAUAUUAUGCCAAAUUUCAUUUCUUGAAAAACAAGGAUUUGUUCACAAUGAUGUGAAACCCGAAAAUAUUGUGAAAUAUGAUGAACAUUAUUUUCAAAUUGAUUUUGAAAUUUCCAAGAGAUUUGAUUAUAACAAAGAAGAAUAUCAAGCAUCAAAAGGAAAAUGCACGCUGGAUGGAGUUCCUCUAACAUCUAGAUCACACUCUCCAGGAUAUCGUGCUCCAGAAAGAGAGCAACAUCAUUUGAUCUCUCCAAAAAGCGACAUGUACUCCCUUGGUCUUGUUAUAUUAAAAUGUUUUGGUUUGAGUUUUGAAAAGAUUCAUGAAACCAAGGACAGAACUAUUGAGCACGAUAUUAAGCAUGAACUGAAACGGAUAUGUGGUACAGAUUCAAUCUUCUAUGAGGUUGUUUUGAAUUUAUUGGAAUAUGAUCCUGAAAAGAGAACGUUACCGGAUGGUCUGUUGUUUCUAUUUACAGACGCUAAGACUGUUGUGAAUUACUUUUUUGAAGCGAAUGCGUUUAAAAAGAAAUACUUUCCACCCAAACCAUUCCAACAAGUUUGUCCACAGGAACUAUUUUGA